AUGUCGCAGAACAAACGUGGUGGCGCUGCCUCCAAAGGCAAGAAUUCGGGCAGAGCAACAGGCGAAGAGAAGAGAGAGGAUGUCCUUCAAGCUGUGGUCAUCGCAGACGCUUUCCAGACAAGAUUCAUGCCUUUCGCGGUAGAGAAACCUCGGUGUCUUCUACCUCUCGCAAACACGCCGCUCAUCGAGUACACCCUCGAGUUCCUCGCCAUGAACGGCGUGCAAGAAGUAUAUAUAUACUGCGGCGCACACCACGAGCAAAUAGAACGCUACGUCCACGACUCACGAUGGUCGCCCAUAUCCAGAUCAUGUCCCUUCUCGACCGUCGAAUUCAUACGCGUUGCCGAUGCCCGCUCCAUAGGCGACUUCCUGCGAGAUCUGGACAAGCGAAGCUUGAUUGACGGAGACUUCAUUCUCGUACACGGCGACCUCGUCGCAAACCUUUCUCUUGACGCUCCACUGGCCGCACACAGAGCUCGAAGGGAAGCGAAUCGAGAUUCCUGCAUGACCAUGAUCCUACGAGAAGCUGGAGAGGAUGAACACAACACUAAAGCCAAGGUCGUUACACCGGUAUUCGUGGUCGAUCCCAGAAAGAAGCGAUGUCUGCAUUACGAAGAGAUGAAUCCGUUCCAAUCCGAGCACUAUGUUGGUCUCGACCCUUCAAUCUUAGAGGACCCCGAGGUCGAGGCACGCACAGACUUGGUCGACGCCGAGAUCGAUAUAUGCACACCAGACAUUCUCGCUCUAUGGUCCGAGAGCUUCGACUACGAAUUACCGCGCGCAAACUUCUUGCACGGCGUGCUGAAGGACUGGGAACUCAAUGGCAAGAUGAUACACACCGAGAUUGUCAGCGAGGGUUACAGCGCAAGAGCCGACAACCUCCGAAUGUACGACGCCAUUACUCGGGACAUAUUGAGCGGCUGGACAUAUCCUUUUACGCCCGACUGCAAUCUAUUGAAGGGCCAGACAUAUCAGUUACGAGAUGACCAUGUCUACCAAGAAGAAGAUGUCAUCGUCGAGAACAGUAGCGAAAUUUCCGACGCCGUCCUUGGACGGGAUACCCAGGUUGGAUCCAACACCACAAUAAGCAACAGCGUCAUAGGCCGGAACUGCAAGAUUGGCAGCAACGUGCGCAUCACGGACAGCUUCAUAUGGAACGAUGUUAGUAUCGACGAUGGGGCGACCGUGGAACAUGCAGUGGUCGCGGAUAUGGCCACAAUCGGCAAGGACGCCACAGUCAGUGAGGGCUCUCUGGUAUCCUUUGGAGUCCAAAUCGACGACAAAACCCAGUUCAAUACCUCAACGUUCCGAGACGCAGAAGAUGACGACGCUGAAACAGACGAUCUGUCGAGAUUGCAAAAAUCCCUCGUCUACUCCUUGGAAGAGUUCGACAUAGACGGCUCCUCGGUUUCGACCCUUGCAGAUGAAGACUAUCUGUCAGACGAUGACUCUGCUGCGUCCUUGACACCCAUUCACCCUGCCUCUCGAUCCCGUCUUUCCUCCUUUGCCUCAGACGAUUCAGGGGCACCAAACUUUCCUUCCUUUCAUGCCGACGCAGUCCACGGUCUUCUGGAGGUUCUGCGUGGUGUAUCGGGGAGUUUUGACUCGGAGAAGCUCGAAUUUAUGUCACUUCGACUCGCCAAUAACGCGUCUGAUGCAGCAAUGCGAAGAGCUGUCGCAACAGCAUUCGUGCGCCGCAGUGUUGAUCUCAUGAAUGCCGAGCAAGGCGGUCUCGAACCAGCAAAAGCUGCCAAACAAGCGCUCACAUCCCGAAAAGGGGCUACAGAAUUCGUGGCAGAUGUCGGCGUCGGAGGUGAUUCGGUCGUAGAGCAGGUCGAAUUCGCCCUAGCCGUGCAAAGAGCGUGUGUCAGUAGCGCCAAGGUCAUCGAGAUCACCAAGGCUGGAAACCUCCUGGCCGCUGUCCUACAGCAAAUGUACGAUCUCGAUAUCUUGGAGGAGGAAGGCAUCGUGGCAUGGUGGGGUGACGAUAGGGGCAAAGAGGGCAAGGAGGGCGAUGCCAUGGCGACUGUGAGGGAUAAGUGCCAGGCGUUGGUAGAGUGGCUGGAAAAUGCCGAAGAGGAAAGCGAGGAUGAUGAAUAG